AUUCAAUAAUUAGAACUGUAAUGGAAAAUUUUGUAGCUGGAGACUUGUCUCAACAAGUUGAAGCCUCGGGGUUGGAUACAGUGAUGAAUGAUGAAAAUCCUAUUACUAUAGAUGGGAAUGAAUUUAGGUCUAUUUGUCAUUAUUUUAUAUGCAUGAAGUUUAGUGGUGAUGAAGAUAUAUUUAAUGAGAUAUUGAUGACGAGGAGUGCAAGGAUACAGAAGCAAAAGCAUGGGAAGUAUAAGGAGAGUAUUAGAGAUGACUGGAAGGAAGUUGAGAGGAGUGUAAUGGCGGAGGCUGUUAAAGCUAAAUAUGAACAAUAUGAGGAUUUUAAGUUGUUUAUUGAUAAGAUAGACACGAAUAGUCUAAAAAUUAACUCUGACGACUCAAAAUCAAUCAAGCUAAUAAAACGUUCUAUCCUUGACUUAAAAAUUUCUGACGACUCUCCUCCCAAUGAAGAAGAAAAGGAUGAUCCAUCGACCACAGAACCAAUUCUAUUCUACGGUCGCCAUCUCUCUCACUUCGAGUUUUCAAACUUCUACUCAGCUCCAUUCUACAUAGACUCUAAGGAAUACCCUACUUCUGAGCACUAUUUCCAAUCUAUGAAGUUCUACCCCUCCUACGACCAUAUGGAAAGUGUUCGUCUUGCCAAAUCACCUGGCGUAGCCGCCAGGCUUGGCCGGAGCAGGAAGAACCCUUUAAGAAAAGACUGGGAAGAAGUGAAAGAUGAUGUAAUGAGAACAGCUUUAGAGGCGAAGUUUACACAGAAUGAGGGAUUGAAGGAGGUGUUGUUGGAGACUGGGACAAGAGAGAUUAUUGAACAUACUGGGAAAGAUUUUUAUUGGGGUGAUGGAGGUGAUGGAGGGGGAAAGAAUAUGUUGGGGAUUUUGUUGAUGGAGUUGAGAGAGAAGUUGAGGGAAUAGAGGAAAUAGAGGAUAGAGAUGAGGGAAGAGUAAUUUUAAAGAUGCAGAAGUUUACUCCAAGGUUAACAUUUCAUAGAAUCAGUAAUAAAAUUAUAACCUCUCUCUAAAGCUUUAACAGUAAUUCAC